UGGCGGUGAAAGAGCAUAGAUUCAAGUUAUGGCACCAUGUUAUUGGCUGGUAGUAGUUCUAGUUCUAGGUAUUAUGUUUUCAAAUGCAGAGAUUCCUAAAUGGCGUGGAAUAGGCUACCCUCCUAGAAAACAAAUUAGGUAUAUAAACCACACAGCAGCACCACACAGCGACAGCGACAGCGACAGCCACAGCCAGCAUUAAUAUUCUUGCCAUUGUUCACAGCUCACACUCUCUCAUUCUCAUAUGCAACAAUGUCAAACUGUCGAUACAACUCUGUCCACCUCUUCGUUCUUACUAUUCUCCUCCUCAAUUCCGGCCAAACACUAUGCCACACCAAAGGGUUAAGAACAAGAAAUCCUCGGGGAGUGCAACCGAUGAUGAAUGCGAGCAGAGUUCAAUUCUCGGAGCAGCAAUUCAUGAAGUGGGUCACGUUCGUUGGUAGUCUUAAACACUCUGUUUUCAAAGCAGCAAAGAAUAAGAUAUUCCCUUCUUACACCCUUAUUGUCGCUAAGAAUCCAUCCGCCGGAGACUUCACAACAAUUCAAGAGGCAAUUGAUUCUCUUCCCUUCAUCAAUCUUGUGAGGGUGAUCAUAAAAAUCCGUGCAGGAGUUUACAAAGAAAAGGUGAAUAUACCUCCAUUAAAAUCCUUCAUAACCAUGGAAGGAGCAGGAGCAGAUAAUACAAUUGUUCAAUGGGGAGACACUGCUCAAACACCAGGGGCUAGAGGACAGCCUAUGGGAACCUACAGUUCGGCUACUUUUGCUGUGAAUUCCCCGUUUUUUGUUGCCAAGAACAUCACGUUCAAGAACACGGCGCCGCUGCCGGCACCAGGAGCCAUGGGACAGCAAGCAGUGGCAUUAAGAAUAUCGGCAGAUACAGCAGCUUUCCUGGGGUGCAAAUUCUUGGGAGCGCAGGACACACUAUAUGAUCAUGUGGGCAGGCAUUAUUACAAGGAUUGCUACAUUGAAGGUUCUGUGGAUUUCAUUUUUGGCAACGGGUUGUCCUUAUUUGAGGGGUGUCACGUGCAUGCAAUAGCUCAAUUCACUGGGGCCCUGACGGCACAAGGCAGGAGUAGUCUUCUAGAAGACACGGGCUUCUCAUUUGUGAACUGUAAGGUCACGGGGUCAGGCGCUCUUUACCUUGGGAGGGCGUGGGGCCCCUUUUCUCGGGUCGUCUUUGCUUACACUUACAUGGACAACAUCAUCAUUCCCAAGGGCUGGUAUAAUUGGGGAGAUCCUAACCGUGAAUUGACUGUGUUCUAUGGGCAAUACAAAUGCACAGGGCCUGGAGCAAGCUUCGCAGGGAGAGUGUCAUGGUCGAGAGAACUCACUGACUCGGAAGCUAAGCCCUUUACUUCACUUACCUUCAUCGAUGGUUCUGAAUGGAUCAAAAUGUAAUUAUCAAUAUUAUAUACCUUUUUUCAAAAAAUGUUACAAGCGAUUUUUAGGAGAAAUCCCAAUGUUUUCUCCCAUAUUCAAGUCCCCUCCUCCCUAUAGAGUCCUUGUCCGUGUCGGGUUGGUAGGCUUUACUCAAACAUUAAUCAAAAGCAACUUUGCUGUUGAGUUAUA